AUGAGGAAGCCAGCAGGACUUCAUCUGCAGAAAACGCUGCCUUCUGUGUCAUACAGGGACGAUAUCACUGACAGACAGAGCCAGCACAGAGAGACAGAGAGGACAGAGACAGAGAGAGGGGACAAAGAGGAGCAGAGAGGCAGGAAGAAGAAGAAGAGGAAGAAGAAUGAGGUCGAAGAAAAAGUGCCAGAAACAUUUCUAAAGCUCCGUGGAGACGGGAGGAGAAAGAAGGUGUCGAAUUUCUUCACAGGUGAAGAAAAAAGCUUCGAGCGUCUGCAGCGAGUCCACAGGAGGUCAGGGAAGGAAACUGAAACUUCAUGGACAGGAUGUUACCAAACGCCCGUCUUAUAUCCACAGGAACACUGAAAACUGAAGACACAGAGAACAGACCCUCUCUUCUACCACACAGCUGAGUCUCAGACUUCAUCCUAAUCUCCGAAGUCCGUUUGACCCGAGACACAGACAGGACGCCGUAUCUUCACCUGCAGAUAACGAACUAAAGAGGUCAGUCAGGGCGAGCUCAGGAGGGUCAGAGGAGCGAGUCGAGACCCUCCGAGCGUCCAGACAAACUGAAGCUCUUUUUUAUUUUCCUCACGCAGAAAAACCUGAAAUCAGAACACACCGACUCUCAGGAGCAGAACCACAAAGACCGUCACAGCAGUGAUUGUAAAAUCUAUACACCAUCAUGAUGUUUUCACCAUCAGAGGACGGGUCAGCACCGUUCUUGGCACCUGGGCGUAUCGGACUGACCCCCUAUUAGAGAGCUGAACUCAACAAAAACAACUUCCAUCUCUGCUGUUCGGCUCAGAGCCUGAAGACACGUUUCUCUGAGCUGAUCUGGUCUGUCAAAGGUACCAUGUGGACUCUCUGAUCCGGUUCAGACUCGUUGAAAGACCCUGUAAAUAAAACUGAGCCUGAAAUGAAGCGUAAAGUCCUCGAACAGAGUACACUCAGUACGUUUCCAUGACACCCGAGAAAACUGAUUCCGAUUCCGAUUCCGAUCGCCUUACUCCGAUUAAGACACCCAGAUAAUGUGAUUGGAUUUCGAUUUUCUCUACCAUGUAACCAGCGUAGUCGGAGUAUGAUUGGACAAUGCGUGUGUGCGUGUGCCACGCCCCCAUAACCCCGGAACAAAAACACCAGAGAGGAAGAAGUGGCGCUCUCAUUUAAAGAACUUUCGACUCAAAGGCAACUGGAACAUCGCUGAAGCGCCAAAGAACGUUUACUUCUGGAACGACGAGGAGAGUGUUGUUACGCUUUCCAUCCUGACAGAAAUGGACAUUUUAAAGUAUGUGGAUGGACACAAAACGAGGAACAGAGACAUCUUUAAAAAGGUUUCUCAGCUGCAUGUUUACCAGGACAAGGAGAGAAGUCUGAUUCGGCGAAAAAAAAACAAAUAAUGAGCUUAGUCCGAUUAAACUGUUCACAUAAACACAGUGAGUGUGAGCUGGACUCUGGUACAAAGUGACACCCCAGAACAGUUUUAAAUAUCUGUGAUAAAGACGGACUGACGGAGCGAGGAGGACGGCGCCGUCUCAUCUCAGGACAGAGUUCAGGUGUUCUCACCUGUCCAACACAGUCAGUCAUGAAGAGUCUGCAGAGACAGAAAUGACCAUCAUGCACAUGUAUGUGGCUCUUUGUGCAGUUUCAACCAUCCCCCAGUGGACACUCAUGGAACUGCAGUUUGUUUCAUUUCUCGAGCGCAGACUCCUGACAGGAUAACAAGCCGGCCUGUGAUUUUAAUGAGUCUGUGAUCACACACACACUCUUCACUCACACACUCCUGACUGUCAGAGGAGAACACAAACACGACAACAUCAUCAUUUAAAACCCAAUAAGAAGGUUGGAGAUGUUUCUUUCUUCUGUUAGGGAUGAACCAAAACUCCGUCUCCAGGAGUCAUCCCUCCAUCAGGUGUCAGCGUCGCUCCUCUCUAAGUGUCCGUCUGGAGUCUGGAGCUUCUUCCUCUGUGGUGAACGGGCCGAGGGAUUCUGGUCGUACAGCCUGAUGGUCUCAGAGGACGCUGUGGACUCAUGUUCUGGUUUUAUUAGUUUAACAGGAGCAGAGUGACCCUCCUGCUCUCCUGAGGGAGCAGAUCUGAUGUUCCUCCUCCUGCACAGAUGGUACAUAGUCAGCGAAAAAUCACUAAUGUAAAUUACGGAUUGUGUGUGUGUGUGUGUGUGUGUGUGUGUGUUCAGGCUCCGGUUACUCUGAAGUACCUGCGCCCUGCAGCACUCCACACCCAGAUGUUGUGAAGAGUCAUCUAGACACUGAUGAUCCUGCAGUGAAGACAUCAGGGAGGAGUGUGUGUGUGUGUGUGUGUGUGUGUGUGUGUGUGUGUGUGUGUGUGUGUGUGUGUGUGUGUGUUUGCGUGUGUGUUUGCAGACACACACCUUCACUCUGAGUCUCCAGGGGGAAUCUGCUGUACCUCAAACCACCACCAGAGGCUGAAUCUAAAGUGAGUCAAGCCUGGUGGACUCACACUAAAGCCCCUGAAGUCCUGCAGAUCUACAGUCUGAACCUCCCUCUGCCGUCCUCUCCAUGUCUCUGAUGACUGAGACACAGACGAGGACAUUUCAGGUUUCUGUCAUGAGGUCAUGUCCCUUUUGGACAUUAAUGGUUCAGAUAUUUAACUCCAAACAUUCGAGGGUUCCUCAGUGUUCGUACAGAAAUCUGUGAGUGGAUCUGCAGAGGAAAAACCUGCUCCGGGUUUUGAGGUUAGAAUCCGGUGUUUCAGUCUGCUGGAUUUUCCAUCUCAGUCCACAUCAGUGCAGAUGUCAGUACUCAUCGACUUCAUCUUCAAAAACACAAAAUAUCGGCCCACAGAGGACUGAGCCCAGGACUCCAGAGCACACAAAGACCCUCUAUAAUCCCCCUUAUUACUGUCUCUGUGUUCAUGCUGACAAAACAAGUCAACGUGUGUGAAGACGUCUCACCCACGUUCACGCUUAUAAAAAACAGAAGGUCCACAGGAAUGAUCAUUUUGACAAACUUCACUGGUCUCAGAUCUGGGUUACAGCUUCAUCAUCCCACAAGUCUAACAAAGAUCAGUCUGAGGCUGUUCAAGUAUAUUUACUCGUCCACGUUUCCAAACAUUCUGCUUGGAUCUUGUUGACCUGAAGGAGAGUCCAUGUAGGUUAAUAACAAAUCACAACAUAUUUUAGGAGCCUGAGUGAUGUUGAACACGGGUACAAGGUCCUUGUUGAGGAUAGUUGUCGGAGGCCCAUGUCUCCAGAAAUCUAUCACUAUAGAAUUUGAGGUAUUUGAGUGUCAGAGCUCCACCACCUAAAGGCUGACAUGAUCGACCUAACAAGGGGCUUCCUUAAAAAAGGGAAACGAACCUCAGUCUGAGAGUAGCCCUGCUAUAAAUAAAGACAGUAUUAUUCCACUUCAUUUAAAAUAAUCAUAUACCAACACAUUUUAUAACUAUUGAUAUAAAGAUUUACUGUUUGAAUAGACGUCACAAUAAAAAACAAACAUCUCUUUGGUCGGUGAAGAAGCCUGAGAGCUUCUCUGAUCUCUCACCACGGUCCAGUUUGACGUCCUCAGCACAGAUUUUUGUCUUUUGUCGGUUAAAUUUGACGAACUAAUCGUCUCUUUUCGUCACCGGCGGAUGUUUAGUUUUGUUCCUGGUCGAAGCGGUAGUUAAGUUUAGAGUCUGAAUUUAUUAUUUCACCUUUUUAAUGAGUGUUUAGAGACUGAAGUCACAAUUAAAAGUGAAGAUCUGAGACACUUAAAUCAUUUACUUAAAAGCUUUUAGGUUUCAUUAGUCAGCAGUGAAUUUAAAAUAGUUCAGAUUGAAACGUUUUCUAGUUGAAAUUAUCUUGAAAUGUUGAUGUUCAAGUGUUAAGCUGUAACUACAAACUCUGUCCUGAUACAUCUGCAGUAUAAAAACACAACAGCAGCUGAGUGUUACAUUAAAAAAACACUACAGCUGCUGAAAACAUCAACAACACCAUCAGGAACCCUGAAGACCCUGAAGACCCUGAACUAACAUCACAACUCAUCCACGCCGUCCUCUGCAGGUCUUACGAAGCGCCGAGUCUCCAGUCCUCCUGCAGACACCUGAGGAUCAAACACGAGGAAUAGAAGACCAGGAUCUGGAGUUCAGGACCCAGUUAGAUAAAGCAAUGGGCAUAAUACAGAAAAGGCGCCCCCUGGUGGUUUAAACAAGUACCAGGUCUGAUGUUUUUGUAGAUUUUUCUGAGCAAAGACGCUCAUUAAAAGUUACAAAUAAAACUCAUUUAAUAAAAGCCGAUGAAGGAUGGUUAAAAAUAGUAUUUUUCUCUGUUGUUUACAAGUUUUAACUUUAAUAUCAAAUGCUGAUGGUUAAAUACAUUUAGAGGAUGUCAGAGCAGUAUAGACACGGGAACACAACUGAUGUGAUCGAUUAUUAGACGGUUUUAUCCAGUUAAAAUUACAGACAAACAUCAGCCGUAACCCUGGAUAAUGAUAUUCAACUGACUGUUUAAACAACAAUAAUUGUUAUGAUUACUUGAAAUAUAAUAUUAUAUAACUAUUAAAAAUAUAUAUUUGAUCAUUCCUACAAUUGCUAUUUUUAAAAUUUUCAUAUGUAGACUUUUGUUUGUUUAUUAAAAUAUGGAUUUAAAUAUAUAUAUUUACCUUUACAAAUAAAGAUUAUUUUUGACGUCUUUUACUCUUGUUUUUAAUUUUUAUAAUUAAUUGGAUAAGAAUAAUGUAUGACAAAAUAUUACAUUUCAUACGAGUUCAUGUUUUCUUAUCAGGGCUCCACAUGAACAAAUUGAUGGUUAGUAAAAGAAUCUUUAAUUCUACAAAUUCUAAUGGCGCCACUAAAGAUUCUCACAGGAUUCAUAUUAAGCAGCCAAUCAACACUCAGUGCUGCCAUCGAGAGUUUCCUCCUACAAUUUACAAACAAAAGGGUUUCUUUUAAUGAAUUUUAUAUCAUACGAUACUAUGACAUUUUUUUUAUCAUCGUAUACUACGAAAUUUUUUAACAUACUGCACCAUGACAAUUUUUUUCACCCUGAAAUAUGAAACUUUAAUAAUCUUAUUCUUUUACAUUUUAACAAACUUUACUAUGACAUUUUUUAAUCAUACUAUACUAUGACAUUUUUAUCAUACUAUACUAUGACGUUUUUAUCAUACGAUACUAAGACAUUUUCUUAUACCCUGAAAUGUGAAUUGUUUGUCAUACUAUACUAUGACACUUUUUAUCACAAUAUACUAUGAUAAUUUCUACAUACUUUACUAAGACAUAUUUUUUUACCCUAUAAUGUGAAUUUUUUUUAUCAUAUUAUACUAUGACAUUCUAACCAUAGAAUAUAAUAACACUUUUAACACACUAUACUAUGACAUUUUGUUUCACCCUGAAAUCAUAAUUUUUUAUCAUACUGUAUUAUGACAUUUUUAUCAUAGUAUACUAUGACAAUUUUUUUUAACCCUAAAAUAUGAAACUUCAAUCAUCUUAUUCUAUUACAUUUUAACAUAACAUACUAUGAUGUUUUUUUAUUAUCAUACUAAACUUUGAUAUUUUUAUCAUACUAUACUAUGACAUUUUCGUCAUCCUAUACAAUGACAUUUUUUAUAUCACACCAAAAGAUUAAAUUUUUAUCCUGCUAUACUUUGACCUUUUUUUCAUAUUGUAUUUUUUUUAUUAUGCUGAACCUAAGUUGGAUUUGAACCCAGAACCUUCUGGCUGUGAAGCAGCAAUACAACCCAUUACACCACUGUGCUGCCCAUGUCCUCAAGGAUCCUCUUGGGGUUCGUUACUUAAAUUUUUAAACCGUAGUAUGCUAUGGUAUAAUAGUAUACUAUGACAUUUUUAUCAUACAAUAAUAAAAAGAUUUUGACAAACUGACAAAAUUGUAAUGCCAAAAUUUAAAUGUUUAUCAAAGUAUACUAUGACAUAUUUGAUCAUUUUUUAACAUGUAAUACUAUGAAAUUUUUUAUCCUUACAUGAGUUUUUAAACAUACUAUAUUAUGACAUUUUCUCACCCUGAAUGUGAAUUUUUGAUCAUACAAUACUACAAUGUUCUUAUCAUACAAUACUAUGAUGUUUUUAUCAUACUUUACUAUGACAUUUUUGAACAUACUAUACUAUGACAUUUUUAUCAAACUAUACUAUGAUGUUUUUCAACAUACUAUACUAUGACAUUUUUAUCAUACUAUACAAUAACAUUUUUAAAUCACACUAUACUAUGACAUUUUUGAUCAUACUAUACUAUGACAUUUUUAUCAAACUAUACUAUGAUGUUUUUCAACAUACUAUACUAUGACAUUUUUAUCAUACUAUACAAUAACAUUUUUAAAUCACACUAUACUAUGACAUUUUGGUCAUACUAUACUUUGAUGUCUUAUUAUACUAUACCAUGAUAUUAUUGUCAUACUAUACUAUAAUGUUUUUAUCAUACUAAACUAUGACAUUUACAUUUUCUCACCCUGAAAUGUGAAUUUUUUUAUCACACUAUACUAUGAAAUUUUUUUAUAAUGCUAUACUAUGACAUUUUUAUCGUACUAUACAAUGACAUUUUUAUCAUACUAUACUAUGACGUUUUUUAUCAUACUAUACUAUGACAUUUUUUUUACAUACUAAACUAUGACAUUUUUGAUCAUACUAUACUAUGAUGUUUUUCUCAUUCUAAACUAUGAUGUUUUUAUCAAACUAUACUAUGACAUUUUGAGCAAACUAUACUAUGUAAUUUUUAUCGUACUAUACUAUGAUGUUUUUAUCACACUAAACUAUGAUGUUUUUUAUCAUACUAUACAAUGACAUUUUAAACACACUAUACUAUGACAUUUUUUAUCAUACUAUACUAUGACAAUUUUUUUUCAUCCUAAAAUAUGACACUUCAAUCAUCUUAUUCUUUUACUUUUUAACAUAACAUACUAUGACAUUUUUAUCAUACUAUACAAUGACAUUUUUUAUCAUACUAUACUAUGACCUUUUUUAUCAUACUGUACUCUGACAUUUUGAUCAUACGAUACUAUGACAUUUUUUAUCAUACUAUACUAUGACAAUUUUUUUUCAUCCUAAAAUAUGAAACUUCAAUCAUCUUAUUCUUUUACUUUUUAACAUACUAUACUAUGACAUUUUUUAUCAUACUAUACUAUGACCUUUUUUUAUCAUACUGUACUCUGACAUUUUGAUCAUACUAUACUAUGACAUUUUUUAUCAUACUAUACUAUGACAAUUUUUUUUCAUCCUAAAAUAUGAAACUUCAAUAAUCUUAUUCUUUUACUUUUUAUCAUACGAUACUAUGACAUUUUUUAUCAUACUAUACUAUGACAAUUUUUUUUCAUCCUAAAAUAUGACACUUCAAUCAUCUUAUUCUUUUACUUUUUAACAUACUAUACAAUGACAUUUUUUAUCAUACUAUACUAUGACCUUUUUUAUCAUACUGUACUCUGACAUUUUGAUCAUACUAUACUAUGACAUUUUUUAUCAUACUAUACUAUGACAAUUUUUUUUCAUCCUAAAAUAUGAAACUUCAAUAAUCUUAUUCUUUUACUUUUUAUCAUACAAUACUAUGACAUUUUUAUCAUUCUUUAUCAUGGCAUUUCUUUCAUAUUAUACUUUAAAACUUUAAUCAUCAUAUUGUAAUAUAUUUUAACACACCAUACUAUGACAUUUUUAUCAUACUAUACUAUGACAUUUUUAUCAUACUAUACUAUGAUGUUUUUAUCAUACUAUACUAUGACAUUUUUAUCAUACUAUACUAUGACAUUUUUAUCAUACUAUACUAUGAUGUUUUUCAACAUACUACACUUUGACAUUUUUAUCAUACUAUACAAUAACAUUUUUUAUCAUACUAUACUAUGACAUUUUCUAACCCUGAAAUGUGAAUUUUUUAUCACACUAUACUAUGAAAUUUUUUAUCAUGCUAUACUAUGACAUUUUUAUCGUACUAUACAAUGACAUUUUGAUCAUACUAUACUAUGACAUUUUUUAUCAUACUAUACUAUGACAUUUUUAUCACACUAUACUGACAUUUUGAUCAUACUAUACUGUGACAUUUUUAAUCAUACUAUACAAUGACAUUUUCUCACCCUGACAUGUGAAUUUUUAAUCAUACUAUACUAUUAUGUUUUUUUAUACUAUACUAUGAUGUUUUUAUCAUACUAUACUAUGACAUUUUUAUUAUACUAUACAAUAAAAUUUUUGAUCAUACUAUUCUAUGAUGUUUUUUUAUUAUACUAAACUAUGAUGUUUUUAUCAUACUAUACUAUGAUGUUUUUUAUCAUACUAAACUAUGAUGUUUUUAUCAUACCAUACUAUGAUGUUUUUUAUCAUACUAUACUAUGAUGUUUUUUAUCAUACUAUACUAUGACAUUUUUGAUCAUACUAUACUAUGACAUUUUUAUCAAACUAUACUAUGAUGUUUUUCAACAUACUAUUCUUUAACAUUUUUUAUUAUACUACACUAUGACAUUUUCUCACCCUGAAAUGUGAAUUUUUGAUCAUACUAAACUAUGAUGUUGUUAUCAUUCUAUACUAUGACAUUUUUGAUCAUACUUUACUAUGAUGUUUUUAAUCAUACUACACUAUGACAUUUUAAACACACUAUUCUUUAACAUUUUUUAUUAUACUACACUAUGACAUUUUCUCACCCUGAAAUGUGAAUUUUUGAUCAUACUAUACUAUGACAUUUUAAUCAUACUAUACUAUGACAUUUUUUAUCAUGCUAUACUAUGAAAUUUUAAUCAUACUAUACAAUGACAUUUUGAUCAUACUAUACUAUGACAUUUUUUAUCAUACUAUACUAUGAUGUUUUUAUCAUACUAUACUAUGACAUUUUUAUCGUACUAUACAAUGACAUUUUGAUCAUACUAUACUAUGACAUUUUUUAUCAUUCUAAACUAUGAUGUUUUUAUCAUUCUAAACUAUGAUGUUUUUAUCAUACUAUACUAUGACAUUUUGAUCAUACUAUACUAUGAUGUUUUUUAUCAUACUAUACUAUGACAUUUUCUCAACCUGAAAUGUGAUUUUUGAUCAUACUUAACUAUGAUGUUUUUAUCAUACUAUACGCUGAUGUUUUGAUCAUACUAUACUAUGACAUUUUUUAUCAUACUAUGCUAUGACAAUUUUUUUUCAUCCUAAAAUAUGAAACUUCAAUCAUCUUAUUCUUUUACUUUUUAACAUAACAUACUAUGACAUUUUUAUCAUACUAUACUAUGACAUUUUUAUCAUACUAUACCAUAACAUUUUAUCAUACUUUACUAUGACAUUUUCUCACCAUGAAAUGUAAAUUUUUAAUCAUACUAUACUAUGACAAUUUUUUCUCACCCUAAAUUAUGAAACUUAAAUCAUCUUAUUCUAUUACAUUUUAACACACUAUACUAUGAUGGUUUUAUAAUACUGAACUUUGAUGUUUUUAUCAUACUAUACUAUGACAUUUUUAUCAUACUAUACUAUGACAUUUUUAAUCAUACUAUACUGACAUUUUUAUCAUACUUUACUAUGACAAUUUUUUUCACCCUAAAAUAUGAAUUUUUUUAUCAAUGUAUACUAUGACAUUUUCUAUCAUACAUGUCCUUUUUUCAUAUUUCAUUUUUAUUAUGCUAUACAUGACCCGGAUUCUUACCCAGAACCUUCCGACUGCGUGGCAACAGUGCAACCCAUUACACCACUGUGCUGCCCAUGUCCUCAAGGAUCCUCUUCUGGUUCUUCAACCAAAUUUUUUAACAUUAUUUACUAUGAUAUUUUUAUCAUAGUAUACUAUGACAUUUUUUAUCAUACCGUACUAUGAAAAAAAACAACGUAAAACAGAAAAAAGUAUUAAUGUCACCUUAACCUUUUGAAAUUAUAUGAUGUUUGUUGGAUUAUACAGCAGCGCAUAAAGUCCCUAUAGAAGAAGUCUUGCUGAUACCCUGCAAUCACUAACCAGGAAGUUGAGUGACAUGAGUGUGAAUUCCCUCUAUACCACUGCGGGGUUAGCAUAUAAACCAGAGAGAGAGAGAAAGAGAGAGAGAGAGAGAGUCAGGUUCAUGGCUCAGCUCUGUUCAGGGGCAAAGGGACGAUCAAUGCACAGCUAUAGAGGCUGCAGGUCGAUAAAAGGCUGAAGGAUCCACAAUGAAGAGGCCACCUCCUAACAGCCGCCUUCCUGCAUGGUGUGAGAGCGGUGUGUGUGUGUGUGUGUUUGUGUCUGACAGGGUGAAGAGGUGAGUGCUGACUGAGGCGUCCGCACAAGGAGACACCUAAAUGUCCUGUCUGUCCACCAUCCAGCAUCUAUAUGUGUCCUGAAGAGACCGGGACAGACCUCCUCAGAGAGCAAAGCUGGAAUCGAUCCCUGCUGAGAGAAUUUACAGGCUGCAGCUUCAGGACAGAGACCUGUCCUCAGGAAGGAGACCAGGACAGAGACCUGGGCUCAGGACAGAGACCUGUCCUCAGGAAGGAGGCCUGGGCUCAGGACAGAGACCUGUCCUCAGGAAGGAGACCUGGGCUCAGGAAGGAGACCUGGGCUCAGGAAGGAGACCUGGGCUCAGGACAAAGUCCAGGUGUGUGGAGAUAA